CAACAAGAGAAGCUGCCGCUGACCUUCCAGGCCUGUGUGAUCACCAAAGAGUGCCAGGUGUCAGAGUGGUCUGAGUGGAGCCCCUGCUCAAAAACGUGCCAUGAUAUGGCAUCCCCUAAAGGCACCCGUGUGAGGACGCGGCUCAUCAGGCAGUUUCCUAUUGGCAGUGAGAAGGAGUGUCCAGAACUUGAGGAAAAAGAACCCUGUGUGUCUCAAGGAGAUGGAGUUGCCCCCUGUGCCAUGUAUGGCUGGAGGACUACAGAGUGGACUGAGUGCCGUGUGGAUCCUCUGCUCAGUCAGCAGGACAAGAGGCGGGGCAACCAGACGGCCCUCUGCGGAGGAGGGGUCCAGACCCGAGAGGUGUACUGCGUGCAGGCCAACAAGGACCUCCUCUCACACUUAAACUCCCACAAGGACAAAGAAGGUAAAGGAUCUGAGGCACCUCCACCAUUUCUUCAGUUCCAGAGAGCUUUAUCUGGUGAAACCAAAACCCAUAGUCUUGAGGAAAGAUCAGCUUUCCUUCUCAUAUCUGUGGUUUCUCAGAUUUAUUUGGUGCCAGCUGGUCUAAUAUGA